AUGGCCACGCCGUAUCAGAUCCUCGUUCGUCCGCAGGACACGGGACUUCUCCGCUUGGAGCAGGACGCAGCCGCCGCUGCCAAGGUCACCGAGCUGCUCCAGAAGGACCUCGAGCGACACCACGUUUUCUUCAACGCAGAGGGCUUCCAUAAUCACAUCCCCCACCACCUCCUCGCCCUCUACGGCACCGGUGCCACCCCCGCUCACCUCCAGACCGCCUUCGACACCAACGCAUCCUACCAGAUCAAGGCCAUGAAGCAGCACCCGGCCGCCCUCGCCGAACUCCGGAGUGACUGGUCCGCCCACGCCCACAAGUACCUCGGCCUCGGCAAGCACUAUUCCGACUUCCUCGCCUUCUUCCAGAGCGAGAUCCAGCAGCGUGGCUGGCAGGCCGUCGUCAAGGAGUUCCUGUUCGACGACACCCCCAAGGGUGUUGACAUGCUCGGGCGCCUCUACAGCGGCUUCCUGCAUCCCAUGAUCCAGCUCAUGUACGGCCUCGAGUGGGAGCAGCCAGCCGUGGUGGCCGAGGGUCUUGCCCAAGCCGCCGUUCACGAGGCCCGCAUCGGCCAGCUGAUGACCGAGGUCGACGACGUCGCCGCCAAGGGCCCCUUCCCCGCGAACCGAUCUUCCGUCGUCGACAUGUGCGAGACGGUCCGGGCGAGCAACCCGAAACUCGCGACGAGUGCACGGUGGGAGGACCCAAAUCGCAUCUACGACGGCGUCUUAGCCCGCGCCCGCGACGACGUCGUCGCUCUGAUGGCUCAGAUCCGAGUCAAGCCUGAGGAGCUCGAGGAGCGGACGGCCGAGAUGUUUCACACGGCCGUCUACAUUGCCGCCGCCGCGGCCGUCUCGAACCCUCCUCACAUUCCCAAGCUCGACUUUUUCCUCAUGUCGGUACCCAUCACGAGCGAGCCUCCCCCGCCGCUGCUCCUGCCUCCCUCCUUCAACGCCUACGACUGGGUCCCCCUCCGCGCCAAGGUUCGCAUGCUUGAAUGGAAGAUGCGCAUGGACUGCGUCCAGUACCUCGCCCGCGGCGCACCCCCCCUCGCCGUCGAUGCCGUACGCUCCUACACGCCCCCCGACAGUCUACAGCUACCCGUCGUCUCCCACCCGCGCGACCUCAUUCCUUGCUUCCGUGACAUCGUCGACGACGGUCACCUCAUCAAAGUCGUCCGCUCGCUCCUCCUCGCCCAAGAAGUCUCCCGCCCCUGGCAGAGCAGGCCCUGGCUGAGGAUUCGGAAUGACGACGAAUGGCUCAAGCUCAUGUACAUGCUCCUAGGGAGCGUCCACGGCCAGCCAUCACAGUGGAUUCGUUCUGCCGGGUUUAAGGAGGCCUGGACGGGCAUCCCCGAGGAGAGAGUAGUGCAAGCAGGCCUGUAG